CUUCUGCCCAUUUUCGAUUUUCGAGCAAAACCAAACACCACACUCCUCUCUCUCUCUACCUCUCUCUGUCUCUCUGUCUUCUCCUUUUUCUUUAGCUCACCCACCGCUGUCUUCUCCACACUGCUUCCUAUCCUUCCUUCCUGCAACGUUCUUGAUCGCUCGCACCUCUUCUCCUAAUCUUAUUUCCUCUUGCAAUUUAAUCUGCACCAGGUGAGAUAGCUACGUAGGUGCUGGUUAUGGCGGUGGGGGUGGUGGAAUGUGACUCGCCGCCGUCGUUUUUGUUUUAGUUUGCUUGGCUGACCCAGAUUGAAUCAAUCGUUCUCGCCAUGUUUGCGGCGUCGUUUUCUCCUUUCCCUUUCUACUCUCGCAGAUCUUCCGGAUACUCUCUCGUUGUGCCUUGAUUAACUACAACAACUACAACCCCCUUCGGCUUCCUCCUUUGAAUAUCCAUUGUUAAAGUUAAAGCUUUUUCACCUUUCUCUUAAUAUUAGGCUUUUCGCGGCAUUUAAGGCGGAAAACGAGAAUAAGCCGCGGCGAGGUUGUUGCUGGAAGCUGAAAAGCUAAUUGCAGAUACCAACAACUUUGCAUCAGAGGAAAUAAUUAAAGCUGAAAGAUUCCGCGGCCAUUUCAGUUUCUCUAGAAUCCUUUCCGCUCAAUCGUGACCGUCCAUCUCUUCAGGAAGGUGUUAGGAGAAAUGGCGAUGAUGUUGCAUCAGCACAGGGACGGCAGCAGUGAGAGCAUCGAUAAGCAUCUCGACGCCGGGAAAUACGUCCGGUACACGGCGGAGCAGGUUGAGGCUUUGGAGAGAGUGUACGCCGAGUGCCCUAAGCCAAGCUCUCUUCGUCGGCAGCAGCUCAUUAGAGAAUUCCCGAUUCUGUCCAACAUCGAGCCCAAGCAGAUCAAAGUCUGGUUCCAAAACCGCAGGUGCCGGGAGAAGCAGCGAAAAGAGUCCGUUAGACUUCAGAGUGUGAACAGAAAAUUAACUGCCAUGAACAAGCUACUGAUGGAGGAGAAUGAUCGUCUCCAGAAGCAGGUUUCCCACCUCGUUUGCGAGAACGGCUAUAUGCGCCAACAACUGCAUACUGCACCUGCCCCGGCUAACGAUGCUAGUUGCGAGUCAGCAGUGACGACUCCCCAGAAUUCUCUUCGAGACGCCAGUAACCCUGCAGGACUCCUUUCAAUUGCCGAGGAGUGCUUGGCGGAGUUCCUAACGAAGGCUACAGGAACUGCUGUCGAUUGGGUCCAAAUGCCUGGGAUGAAGCCUGGUCCGGGUUCGGUUGGGAUCUUUGCCAUUUCUCAAACCUGUAGUGGAGUGGCAGCUCGAGCCUGUGGUCUUGUAAGUUUAGAACCUACUAAGAUUGCAGAGAUCCUUAAAGAUCGGCCAUCUUGGUUCCGUGAGUGUCGCAGCAUUGAGAUUUUCACUAUGUUCCCUGCUGGAAAUGGAGGAACCAUAGAACUACUGUAUACACAGUUGUAUGGUCCGACUACUUUAGCUCCUGCUCGUGAUUUUUGGACCCUCAGAUAUACAACCACCUUGGAAAAUGGCAGUCUUGUGGUAUGCGAGAGGUCGUUGUCUGGUACAGGGGCUGGGCCAAAUGCAGUUGCUGCUACACAAUUCGUGAGAGCCGAAAUGCUUCCAUCGGGGUAUUUGAUCAGGCCAUGUGAUGGUGGAAGUUCGAUCAUUCAUAUUGUGGAUCAUGUUAAUCUGGAGGCAUGGAGUGUGCCUGAGGUGCUACGGCCACUCUACGAGUCUUCGAAAAUUAUGGCACAGAAAAUGACUUUUGCUGCCUUAAAAUAUAUUCGUCAGAUAGCCCAGGAAACAUGCGGUGAGGUAGUCUAUGGUCUUGGCCGGCAGCCGGCAGUUCUCCGCACAUUUAGUCAGAGGUUAAGCAGAGGCUUUAAUGAUGCUAUCAAUGGGUUCAACGACGGUGGGUGGUCCCUGUUGAGCUGUGAUGGUGCUGAAGAUGUUGUGGUUUCCGUAAACUUGGCUAAGAAUCUCAGCGCCAGUUCGAAUUUGAUUUCUGUUCUUGGAGGUGUUCUCUGUGCCAAAGCAUCUAUGCUUAUUCAGAAUAUCCUUCCGGCAGUGCUGGUUCGCUUUCUUAGGGAGCACCGAUCCGAGUGGGCCGAUUUCAACGUCGAUGCUUAUAAUGCCAUGGCUCUAAAAAACACAUAUACACAUCCGGGAAUGAGGCUGACUAGAUUUACCGGAAGCCAAAUCAUCAUGCCAUUAGGUCACACAAUUGAACACGAGGAGAUGCUCGAAGUUAUUCGACUAGAAGGACAUCCCCUUGGUCACGAAGAUGCCUUCAUGUCGCGGGACAUCCAUCUUUUGCAGAUGUGCACCGGAAUUGAUGAGAGUACGGUUAGCACGUGCGCGGAACUUGUGUUUGCGCCAAUCGACGAGAUGUUUCCAGACGACGCACAGCUUCUUCCUUCCGGGUUUCGUGUAAUUCCGUUGGAUUCGAAACCAGGAGACCUACAAGAAGGUCCAACUGCACAUAAGACGCUUGAUUUGACGGCAAAUUUCGAAACAGGCAACGACGGCGGGAAAAAUGCGGUAGCAUCAUACUGUGCUCGAUCGAUCUUGACCAUUGCGUUCCAAUUCCCAUUCGAGAGCACUCUACAAGAUAAUGUUGCGAUGAUGGCACGGCAGUAUGUUCGCAGUGUGAUUUCCUCCGUGCAGAGAGUUGCAAUGGCCAUAUCCCCUUCGGGUUCGAGUCCCGCAGUCGGCUCGAGAUUAUCUCCUGCAUCUCCCGAAGCUCUGACACUCGCGCAUUGGAUCUGCCAGAGUUACAGGUACCAUUCGGGAGCCGAGCUGCUUAGAGAUGAUUGUUUGGGCGGUAAUGUAGGAGUGUUGAAGACACUUUGGCAUCACCCGGACGCCAUUUUAUGCUGCUCGUUGAAGGCUUUGCCGGUUUUUACAUUUGCAAAUCAGGCGGGGCUGGAUAUGCUGGAGACGAAUCUAGUUGCGCUGCAAGACAUCACAUUAGAAAAAAUUUUCGACGAUUCCGGGCGCAAGACGCUGUUUUCCGAAUUCGCCAACAUCAUGCAACAGGGGUUCACUCAAUUGGCGAGCGGCGUGUGCCUGUCGACCAUGGGUCGACAAAUCUCUUACGAACAAGCGACAGUGUGGAAAGUUUUUUCGGGGGACGAAAGCACCAUUCACUGCCUGGCGUUUGUGUUCGCAAACUGGUCGUUCGACGAAUGAACGGAAUCAAAUCUGAGUGUGCAAGUAAGUAAAGCAAAGCUUGAGUGUGUGUUGUUUGUGGGUAAUGUAGUUGAAAUCUUCAUCUUCUUGUUCUUCCAUUGAUUGAUCAUCUAUUAUGUACAUUCUAUUUUCUCUGCUUAAGAUUUCUUUCCAUGGCUUUGUCA